AUGAUCUCGUUCCAUUUGUCAAGCUUGAAUCAAGUACAAGGGGUGAACGCAACGCAAAAACGGUUGUCAUACACACAAAACGAGAAAGACGGUACCAAGUCAACUAAAGAAAUUGAUUACGAUGUACUGAUCAACUCAACACCAAUUGAUCUACUCGUCAAGAAUGUCAACUUAUGUCCCGAACUCAAUUUACUGCAUAGCAAGAUACGUGAUUCAGUUAAAUGCCUUGAUACAUCGCCCACAGACUAUACCCGUAAGCAAGAUUCCGACAACCAUCCACCUUCUGAUACCCAGCUUUUCACUUUCAGUGCAAUUGGAUCCUUAAAAUUCCACGAUUUUAAGUUUCCUCUGAUUGUGAGUAUAUAA